GUUACUAGGUUAGAUAUCUCGCGCAAGAAGUCAAAGUCACAGCAGAUACCUCUAUAAAUCUCAAUUGAUCCAGUGAAGUUGAAAGGAAAAAGAUUCAGGUCAUCUUCAUAUUUACAUUAGGUAGGUACCUAAUACAUAAACGAGCUUAUCUGUCUCUGUAUGUAUACCUACCUACCUAGGUAUUCAAUGCUUUACCCCCCCACUAAAUCGGAAAGUCUAAUCAACCAUUGGGGCAAGCUGAGAAUAGGUAGGUACCUACAUAGGUAGGUAGGUAUUCUGUAACAGGGUAAGCUCCUACCUUGCCGACCCCUCCGACGUCACUAACAGGAUAUGCCUCGACAAGGGAAGGAAUCGUAUUGGACGUUUGGACUACCUUGGUAGUAACCAUACCUUAUCUCCGGAGAAUCCUUCCCUCAAUCCUCUUUCCCUAUUAAAUUUGUGAGCCUCCAGAAACCUUCUCCCGAUCAACAUUUCCUUCUGUGCAGCGACAACUGGAUUCGCGAUCCGAAUUGAUCGGAAUAGAAUAAUCUACCCAAGUGAAACGAUCGAAUCGGUCCCAGUCACGAUGUCAUACUUAUUUCCUAACCAGCAUGUCCUUCACCAGUCCUUCGGCCCGCCGUUGAACACCAAGGCGCGGACUACUCCGGCUGCCAAGGCUACUCCGUACCAGGCUCGUCCGGAGCUCUACGCAGCCUACUCCGUCGUUGACGACGCGAAGAACAAGACGAAGCAGCUCAGCGCCGAGGCUCAAAAGGAGCUUGACAAAGCUAGCAAUGUUGUCAAGGGUGACAGCAAAAAGCUGGAGCUUUACAGCCCUACUUUCUACGCUGCAGCUACAUUUGGUGGUCUUCUCGCCUGUGGCCUGACUCACACCGCCGUCACUCCCCUAGAUCUCGUCAAGUGCCGUCGGCAAGUUGAUGCGAAGCUGUACAAGGGAAACUUCCAAGCAUGGGGCAUAAUUCUGCGGCAAGAGGGUAUUCCGGGUAUCUUUACUGGUUGGAGCCCGACGCUGUUCGGAUACUCGGCGCAGGGAGCGUUCAAGUACGGCUGGUACGAGUACUUCAAAAAGACGUACUCUGAUCUCGCGGGCCCCGAGAACGCGUACAAAUACAAGACGCUACUAUACCUAUCUGCUUCUGCCUCCGCCGAGUUCCUUGCUGAUCUCGCCCUGUGUCCAUUCGAAGCCGUCAAAGUCCGUAUGCAGACGACAAUACCGCCACCGUACAAGGGUACGUUCGACGGCAUCAGCAAGAUCACAGCGGCCGAGGGUGUUGGUGGACUGUACAAGGGUCUAUACCCGCUCUGGGGUCGUCAAAUUCCCUACACCAUGAUGAAGUUCGCUUCCUUCGAGACCAUUGUCGAGAAGAUCUACGAACGCCUCCCGGGUAAGAAGAGCGACUACGGCACGGGGGCCCAGACAGCCGUCUCCUUCACUGGUGGAUACUUGGCUGGUAUCCUCUGCGCCAUCGUCUCUCACCCUGCCGAUGUGCUAGUCAGCAAGCUCAAUGCGAACCGCAAAGCCGGCGAGGCUUUCGGCGCCGCCGUGGCCCGAAAUUACAAGGACACGGGCUUUAUGGGACUGUGGAACGGUCUGCCGGUCCGAAUUGUCAUGAUCGGUACUCUCACCGGUCUCCAGUGGAUGAUUUAUGACUACUUCAAGAUGUUCAUGGGUUUCCCGACAACGGGUGGUGCCGCGCCGCCGGAGGAGAAGUAAGGUAGAAGAAGUACAGAAAGCGAGGCGGUAUGAGAAUCAUCCAGACGGAUGCGUUAACACAUGCCUUGCUGCGAUAUUCGCUGAUCCGAUCCGACUGGUCGGCCCGCUUCCUUCAUCGCGUAAAUAUUAGUAGUCGAGUUUGCCUAGGUUCCAGUUAGGGGUCUAGGCCUUUGCGUUGAUUUUUGCCCUCCCUUACGUAUAUAGUUAUUUUGUAUCCUAGCAAAGUUUCCUGUUACUGCUGAAUAUCCCCAUGUCACAAUGUUGCCUUGGACUUAGAUAGUACGAACCAGUUACCUCUCUACUCUUAACGAGACGUUGUUUCUAAGUCAUGUACGCCUAUUAAGUAUGUAUCUACGAGUAAAAUUAACAUAACCAAAUGGUACAUCGUAUGAUAUCUCAGAAAGACCCCUGAUAAAUCACCCCUUGCAGGACUACACAUUCCAGCGAGUGGGCGCUAAGUGGAAUGAAAACUAAUAGUAAGAAUGCUGAUGGCACGUUCUAGGCUUCUUUGAGAUUAUGAGCUUGACCGCCCGGUGAGUCUUCUCAUGUGUAGAGUAGAGCUAAAAGGCGAUUUGUUGGGAUAAGUCACGGCUCUUCCCUACAAUAUAUAUAAAUUUAUAACAUAUUAAUAUGAGAUUCGUCCCUUAGGAUCGAAUUAAUAGCACCGAGUGGCCAACUGCAAUAUCUAUCAGUAUAUAGAUAGGCGAACACCUGAUAAUAUAUAUGAAAUGCAACGUUGA